AUGGCUCCCUCAUUCUGGCUCCUCGCUCUCGCAGCAUGCUUCGGCAUCUCAAGUGCUCAAGACAGACCCGACACCAAGCCCGCGGUCAUCCCCCCUUUCGACAUGGUAAACAAGGUCAGCCGCGGGCUGGAACAGUACCUCGAGCCGGCCAAUAUCGACCACAUCGGUGCCCGCGAGGGCUACGCUGCCGAAGACUUUGAGGUGUACAACGUCAAGUACGCGGACUGUGACGAGGUGUGGACCAUGUGCCGGCACAAGGAGGCUGUCACCACCAUUGGUGAGAUGGCCAUGAAAUUCGGCCACGCCUAUGGGCAUGCGCGAGCAUCACAAACACAUGAUCGCCACGCCGAAUCUCAAGGCCGCGAAGGCGGCCGGGAUCACGUCCAAUGGAAACACGGUGACCUGCGACGGGGCCUGGUGAUCUCCCACACGCUCGACUCGGACGUGCGCAUCCCCGGCGUAGCCCCCGGCGGCGGCCUCAGCAACAGCCAGGUCUGGCGCGACGCCUACAACGCCAACGCGGCGGUCAUCACGGGCUACGGGCGCACGAAGUGGGCGGAGGACCUGGCCGAGGCGGGCGCCGUGGCGCUGUACGACGUCGUGGUGCCCGGCGGCGCGGCCGGCAUCAACCCGAACUUCACGCAGGUGUUCCACCAGGUCGCGACGUACCAGACGUACUACCGCGACCUGAUCACGGCGGGGGUGAAAAAGACGUGCACGUUCCGCAUGAACAACUCGGACGCCGAGCCGCUUCAUAAGAAUGUGAAGACGUUGAUGCCUGAUCCGCAGUUCCUGUUUGGGAUUCCUCGGAUUAGGGGCAAGGGCUGGGGUACAGGCUGUCUCUUCUGGUGGUAA